AUGAGCGCAACGAAGGCGAGCGGGGCUGAGUUGGUGAUCCUGCAGCUGAGCUCGUUGGAUCAGGAGGAAGUCUAUAGAAAUGCCGAGAAGAAGAUCGUCCAUGCGGUGAUCAAGAACAUCCCCUUCGCGAUGGAGCUCGGGUUUCGUGGUCGGUUCGACCCGUACGUUGUCGAUUUCCACAAAUUCACCCUCAAGUGUACGCUGCUCUACGAUACGCAAGGCGAAGAACGUACCGUGGACUGGGUCAAGUCGAGCCCCAUCGACUGCGUAGUCCAGGUCAACGAGACCGGUGAGCGCGCCACGACCGAGGUGCGACUCCAGGCGCUCUCUUCCCAGCACGAGGACAUGGCGUUCCGCAUCAAGUACACGGCCGUGCCGCCUGCGACGUCGAAUCUCGAGCCGCUGGUAGUCGUCUCGGAGCCCAUCAAGGUUGUGAGCAAGCAGAGCCAGCUCAAGAAGAACAAGAAGCCGCCCGCUACUCGAGGAGCGAAGAAGCGCACCGCGGCCGCCGUCGCUGCUCCCGAGAACGCUCAGAUCGCAGAUUCGCUCGCGCGCAUCGAGGCCCAGCAACGCCAGCAGCAGUCGCUGAUCAACUCGCUCAUUCAGACCGUCGCCAUCCUUCAGCAGACUCGACAGCACACCUCUGCCUCCGGAGCCUCUACACCCGCGGUUGCCGACGUAGCCUCGUCGCCCAACCAACCUUGCGAUGACGAUUACGACGUCCAGCAGCCAAUGCGCAAGCGCGUCAAGAUUGAGCAGGAGAUCGACCUGCGAAGCCCGCAUCCGCAACCCUCUCCGUCCAGCCAGGAGGCCACCCUCCAGUUCGAGCACCACCUGAGCGGUCUCAUGGCCACCUUCGCCCAGCUCCCUCCCGCGGAACGGGCGACGUGCAUUCACCGAGUCUUCCGAGACCAUUCCUCCCGCGCUGGCGAGGUGGUCGAGGCGCUUCUGACUGAGAGUCUCACGGCGGCCAAGCCCAACGACCAACAAGUGCACUUCGACACCUCGGAGAGUGCGACGGCCGACCUCUCGAACUUCGACUCGAGCACCUACUACGAUCCGAACGCUUACGAUCUCCACCACGCCGUCCCCGACGCAGCUGAAGCGUUCUACCAGCACGCUCUGCACGCGCAGACGCAGCUGCCUAAGGACGAAACCCACGAGAGCUGA